CAGGCCCAGAGCCUCCAGAAGCUCGAGGAGUGCCGGCAGCGCCACCUGAAGCUGUCGCGCCAGCUGCUGCAGGUCGUCUCCCUCGUGGAGAGGUACGCCGUCCAGAACGGCGCGGCCCGCAGGAACCCCCAGCUCGAGGCCCGGCUGGACGACCGGCUGGCCAGGCUGGAGGCGGUCGUCAACGCGCCGGCGAGCGCGCGGGCCAGACUGGAGGAGCUCUGGGUGCUGCUGCGCGGCCUGCUUCAGGGUGGCCCGCCCUGCGGCGGCGCGGCCGGGCUCGCCGACGCGGACGCCAGCCGGGUGCUGAGGCUCACAGCCUCGCAGGGCGAGCUGCUGGAGCAGCUGCAGGAGGAGCUC